AUGACCCCCUCAACGGGAGCGGAAGAUCUAUAUAACCAAAUUUACAUUGACGAUAUUCACCGGAAAUCUCCAAAUGAGAUUGCAAAUCUCAUAAACACAGCCUUCCUAGACCCCAUGAAAACUUACCAACCUCUUACUUCUCUUCCCUCCUACGAUCCAAAUGACUCUGUCCUCCAUCUCGACGAAUUUGAUGCGUAUAAAGGGCUUGCGUCCCUUAACCCCAGAAAAGCCUCAGGCCCAGACGGUGUUCCGAAUUGGGUGUUAAACGAAUAUGCAGAAGUCCUCGCCCAGCCUGUUAGUUCGAUUCUCAAUAGCAGUUUUAAUGAACAACGACUCCCUGCCUCGUGGAAAUCAGCUGAUGUUGUUCCAAUCAUAAAAACGAAACCGGUAACCGAAAUUUGUAAACAUUUAAGAUAG